AUGAACGGCGUCAUCGAGGCGCUGCACAUUCUCGACGAGCACGACACGCUCCUCCUCUCCCACACAUACACCUCCCGUCCCCUUCCAGCCGCCGCCCUCCUCCCGCUCUAUCUCUCCCACCCUGCGCCUCGCCCAAACCUGAUCUACCUCCCCAACGUUGUCCCGCCAACCCUUGUCUUCAGCCUGCGCCAUGGUUCCUUGACUCUGCUCCUUACCUCGUCGCAAGACAUUGAGCCGCUGCUCGCCCUUGAGUUCUUGCAUCGCGUGGUCGAUGCGCUGGAGGAAUUCCUUGGGGCGCCGGUCACGAGUAGUAAAAUCGAGGGGAGCUAUGAUAUCGUGGCGCAACUUCUCACAGAGAUGUGUGAUGCGGGGGUCGUGAGUACCACCGAGCCGAAUGCGUUGAGGGAGAUGGUUGAGGUGGAGGGGUUUUUGGAGAGGGUGUUAGGGGGGGUGGGGUUGAAUGCAAAAACUCCCUCCUCCCUCUUCCCGCAACCCCCCAUCUUGACCCCCCCAUCCGCUCCCGCACUCCCCUGGCGCCGAACCAACGUCCGCCACACCUCAAACGAGCUCUACGCCGACCUGAUCGAGUCCCUCUCCAUCACGCUAGCUCCCUCCGGCCGGCCCCUCGCCGCCUUCGCCCACGGCACCAUCGUCUUCACCGCCAAAGUCUCAGGCAUCCCCGACAUUGUCGUGACAUUAACGUCUAGUGGGGGGAAACACGCACUCACGGGGUUGAUUGAUCUGCCCGUUUUUCACCCCUGUGUGAGAUUGGCACGCUGGAAGGAGCAGCCCGGCGUGUUGAGUUUUGUGCCGCCGGAUGGGAGGUUCACGUUGGCGGGGUAUGAGGUCGAUUUGUUGCCUCUUACCGAGACAACCCUCUCCUCUCAACAACAGCAGCUCAAACUCCCCGUCUCGCUGGAUAUCAAGACCGGGCUGGGCCCGACAGGUUCAGACUUCGAGCUCCGCCUUACCUUCAACAAAUCCUUCACCUCGACCGGCAGCGUGCAGCCCGGGCUAGGGCGCUCCUCACACACCCCGACAUCCUCCUCCUCCGUUUCUGCCCCCAGCCUAGCCAGCUUCGCGACAGGAACCUCCAUAACAUCAGCCGGCAGCUCUUCCUCGCCAACGCUACACGACCUGAAAGUCACCGUCCCCUUGCCCCCCGCCGUCAGGAACCUAAGCGAGAUCCGCCCUUCCAAGGGCGACGCCAACUUCCAUGCGGCAGAGAGAAUCCUGGAGUGGAGCAUCAACAACAAGGAGCUGUCUCAACUGGGUUCGGUGCCCUUCAUGUUGCGAUGCACCGUCGUCGGCGACCUUGACAGCGGCGAAGCUUCCGUCAACCCCGAAGACGAGAUGGGUUUCCCUACGCAAUCCUACCACGGUUACGACCCCUCUGUUACCCACCCCCCUCCCAGUUCAGGAACACCCGCCGACCCGGGGGGUGACGCUGCUCAAAAGCAGCAACAACAGAAUAAAAUCCUUAUGCCUACCUCUGCAAGCCUCUCAUUCUCUGUGCGGGGCUGGCUAGCAAGCGGGUUGCGCGUGGAGAGUAUCGUGCUAGACACAAGAAAGAGUCGCGGGAUAGGGGAAGGCGUCAAGCCGUAUAAGGGGGUGAAGUAUUUGACUCUGAGCAAGGAAGGAGUUGAGGUAAGGUGUUGA